AUGUUAUACAAAUCAUUUUUAAUGUUAAAUCCUGGUGAUUCAUUACAAAGAUCAACAGGAUCAUCAAUGCGUUCGAUGUCCGGUGGAGUAUCAGGAGAUGCACUAAACCAAGUGGCCGGUAGAAGAGGUGGAAAGAAAGGUGGAAAAGGUGGAGGUGGAGGUGGUGGAGGUGGUGGAAAUGUUGAUAUCGACAUUGAUAUUGACAUUGAUAUUAAUAACUAA